AUGACACGGGAAAAACAUAAACUUAGUGGUUAUUUUUUGAUAUUAGAAGAAAAAUCCAAUAAAUGGAACAAUUAUGCUAUUUGUCAGGAUUGUAUUCGGGUUUUAGGUUCAGAAGAAGCUUUAAAACAUAAAUUUACAAAUACCAAGUGUGCAUGUGCAAAUCACCUUAAAAGUUGUCCUUAUUGGGCCGAAAGACAUACCUCAGAACAAACUAGUGCUAUAAUUCAAAAUGCAAUGGAUUAUGGAUCAAAAAAACGAAACAAACAUCAUCGAUUAGUAAUUGAGAAGGAAGGGAAUAAAGGGAUGAAGGGGAUGAAGGAAAGGGGAUGA